AUGUAUGGAAAUAAAAACAAAAACGCAGCACUGAUAUCAAUUUAUUGUUAGAGAUACAAAAUGAGAUUAAACUCAACUCCACAUGUUAUUACUAAUUAACUAUCUAUAAAUCAUUUAAGUGGUUAGAGAGUGUAAACUGAGUAAAAUCAAAGUCGAAGAAUCAAAACAAUUGGAAGUCAGAGAUCCAAGUUAUAUUACAAGUCUGAAAGUAGAGAACCAAUUAAAUCUUCUAAUAAAUCUAAAUAGUCAUCUUCAGAUUCAAGAAAACAAUCAAAUUAUGAUUCUCAUGUCAAUACAUCAACUUCUGAUAAUGAAGACAAAGUUUUGAUGAUAUCCAAAAUCGUAUUUUCAGUAAAGUCUCCACUUUAAAGUUUAAGGUUUUAAAGCUUUAUUCUUGACAAAAAAGCUUAAAAUAUUGAAAUUAACAGAAAGAAAACUCUCAGAAAUUCAUUAUUAUCAAAUUCUUUUAAGAAUUAAAAUUUUUAAAUGACUGGAAAUGAAUGUGGUUGGUCUAGAAAAUCUUCAGAAAGUCUUAUCUAUCUAUGA